AUGAGCGGGAGCGGCGCCCCCGGGCCCGGCGCGGCGCCCUGCCGCUUCGCCCACUACUUCGUGCUGUGCGGCAUCGACGCGGAGAGCGGGCUGGAGCCCGACGAGCUGGCAGUCUUGUACAAAUGGCUAGAAGCAGAUCUCCAUGGCAAGAGCUCAGAUACUGCAGACAAAACCUCAGGAGAGAAUUUCGACCAGAGUCCCUUAAGAAGAACCUUCAAGUCCAAAGUUUUGGCCCAUUAUCCUCAGAACAUCGAGUGGAACCCCUUCGACCAGGAUGCCGUCAACAUGCUGUGUAUGCCCAAAGGGCUGUCUUUCAGGACGCAGGCAGAUAACAGAGAUCCGCAGCUCCAUUCCUUUAUCAUCACCAGAGAAGAUGGCUCUCGUACAUACGGGUUUGUGCUCACGUUCUACGAGGAGGUCACGAGCAAGCAGAUCUGCACAGCCAUGCAAACGCUCUACCAGAUGCACAACGCAGAGCAAUACAGCAGCGUCUGCGCCUCCUCCUCGUGCAGCAUGGACUCCCUGGCCAGCAGCAUCGACGAGGGUGAUGCCACUUCCCUCGCCAAGCUCCAGCGGUACAACUCCUACGACAUCAGCAGAGACACGCUGUAUGUCUCCAAAUGCAUAUGCCUCAUCACCCCUCUGCCCUUCAUGCAAGCCUGCAAGAAGUUCCUGAUCCAGCUGUAUAAGGCGGUGACCUCCCAGCAGCCGCCGCCUCUGCCCCUGGAGAGCUACAUCCACAACAUCCUCUACGAGGUGCCCCUGCCGCCCCCGGGGAGGUCGCUGAAGUUUUAUGGGGUUUACGAGCCCAUCAUUUGCCAGAGACCUGGGCCCAACGAGCUGCCGCUCUCUGACUACCCACUGCGGGAGGUCUUCGAGCUGCUAGGCCUGGAGAACCUGGUCCAGGUUUUCACCUGUGUUCUUCUGGAGAUGCAGAUCCUUCUGUACUCGCAAGAUUAUCAGCGUCUGAUGACGGUAGCAGAGGGGAUCACGACGCUGCUGUUCCCAUUUCAGUGGCAGCAUGUGUAUGUCCCUAUCCUUCCUGCCUCCCUCCUGCAUUUUCUGGAUGCUCCCGUUCCCUACCUGAUGGGGCUGCAGUCUAAGGAGGGAACUGACCGCUCCAAGCUGGAGCUGCCUCAGGAGGCAAACUUGUGUUUUGUAGACAUCGAUAACCAUUUCAUCGAACUACCAGAGGAAUUCCCCCAGUUCCCCAACAAGCUGGAGUUUAUCCAGGAAAUCUCCGAGGUUCUCCUGCAGUUUGGGAUCCCGCCAGAGGGUAACCUGCACUGCAGUGACAGUGCCACCAAACUCAAGAACCUGGUUCUUAGUGACUUGGUGAACGACAAGAAGAAUGGGAACAUCCCUGGCAAUGCCCUCAACAUGUACGAGCUACUGAAAGGCAACGAGACGAUCGCCCGCCUGCAAGCCCUUGCCAAGAGAACGGGCGUGACGAUGGAAAAAAUGACCAUUACGGCUCCCCUUGCGGAGAAGGAGAAGGAUGGGAAAUUGCCGUGUGAGGAGGUGGAGCUGCGGGACUACAAAUUGAAUGUGCAGCUUCGCGAGGUUUUCGCCAACCGCUUCACGCAGAUGUUUGCAGACUACGAGGCUUUCGUCAUUCAGGCUGCCCCUGAUAUGGAGUCAUGGCUGACAAACAGGGAACAAAUGCAAAACUUUGACAAAGCUUCCUUCCUUUCGGACCAACCCGAGCCUUACCUCCCAUUCCUUUCACACUUCAUCGAAACACAGAUGUUUGCAACCUUCAUAGACAAUAAGAUAAUCUCCCAGUGGGAAGAGAAGGACCCUUUACUGCGAGUUUUUGACUCCCGAAUUGAGAAAAUAAGGCUAUAUAACGUAAGGGCCCCUGCGCUACGGACAUCCAACUAUCAGAAAUGCAGCACAUUGAAAGAAGCAGGUCAACUGUCUAUUCAGCGUCUAGUUUUGGUAGAUAUUGUGGCACCGGAACCUCAUUUUCUGUCUUGUGAAAAGCAGCAAACUGAUACCCAAUCCAUCGAGCAGCGGCUGAUGAAGAUUGAUCACACAGCCAUCCACCCGCACUUACUUGAUAUGAAGAUCGGUCAAGGGAAAUACGAACAAGGAUUUUUCCCAAAGUUGCAAUCGGAUGUCUUGGCAACAGGACCCACCAAUAACAACCGCUGGGCCAGUCGCAGCACGACCACGCAGCGGAGGAAAGACCGCCUGCGGCAGCACUCAGAGCACAUCGGGCUGGACAAUGAUUUGAGGGAGCCAUCGGAGGAGCUUUUGCUUCGUCAGAACUCAAUGGCCUUCUGGGAGUGGGAUCAGGGACCACCCCCUCCUGCACGGCCUCCUAAAAAAUCCUUCUCUGAAUGCUGCCUGAAAUACAUGCAGGAGGCGAGGAGUUUAGGAAAAAAUUUAAGGCAGCCCAAACUCUCAGACCUCUCUCCAGCUGUGAUUGCACAGACCAACUGGAAAUUUGUGGAAGGGUUACUGAAGGAAUGUCGCAUGAAGACUAAACGCAUGUUGGUAGAGAAGAUGGGCCAUGAAGCAGUCGAGCUGGGGCAUGGAGAAGCCAACAUAACAGGUCUGGAGGAAAAUACGUUGAUUGCUAGUCUCUGUGAUCUGCUAGAAAGAAUCUGGAGCCAUGGUCUGCAGGUCAAGCAGGGGAAAUCUGCUUUGUGGUCCCAUUUACUUCAGUACCAGGAGAGAGAAGAGAAGCAAGAGCAUAGUGCAGAGUCCCCAGUUGCUGUUGGAACAGAAAGACGAAAGUCUGAUACAGGAAUUACUCUGCCUACUUUGAGGGUUUCCCUGAUACAAGAUAUGAGGCAUGUUCAGAACAUGAGUGAGAUAAAGACUGAUGUGGGGCGAGCCCGAGCCUGGAUAAGGCUUUCUCUGGAGAAGAAGCUUUUGUCUCAGCACCUGAAGCAGCUGCUUUCCAACCAGGCACUUGCCAAGAAACUUUACAAGCGUUACGCUUUCCUGCGCUGUGAAGAAGAACGGGAACAGUUUCUGUAUCACCUGCUCUCACUCAAUGCUGUGGAUUACUUCUGCUUCACAAGCGUCUUCACCACAAUCAUGAUCCCUUAUAGGUCAGUGAUAAUUCCCAUCAAAAAACUAAGCAAUGCAAUAACCACAUCAAACCCGUGGAUUUGUGUGUCGGGAGAACUAGGAGAUACAGGUGUAAUGCAGAUUCCUAAAAACCACCUAGAAAUGACAUUUGAGUGCCAGAAUUUGGGGAAGCUGACGACUGUUCAGAUUGGUCAUGACAACUCAGGGCUACUAGCCAAGUGGCUGGUUGAUUGUGUCAUGGUCAGAAAUGAAAUAACAGGACACACGUACAAGUUUCCCUGCGGGCGGUGGCUGGGAAAGGGCGUUGACGAUGGCAGUUUGGAGCGAAUACUCAUUGGAGAGCUGGUGUCUUCCACGUCUGACGAAGAACUGGGAAAGCAGUGCCGUACCCCACCCCAGCAGAAAUCUCCUACCACGGCUCGACGACUGAGCAUCACUUCCCUCACAGGGAAAAACAGCAAGCCUAAUGCGGGACAGAUCCAAGAGGGAAUCGGGGAAGCCGUGAACAAUAUUGUGAAACACUUUCACAAGCCAGAGAAAGAGAGAGGGAGCCUUACCAUUCUGUUGUGUGGAGAAAACGGUCUGGUCGCAGCACUGGAGCAGGUCUUCCACCAUGGAUUCAAAUCGGCUCGCAUUUUUCAUAAGAAUGUCUUCAUCUGGGAUUUCAUAGAGAAAGCUGUUGCUUAUUUUGAAACCAGUGACCAGAUUGGAGACAAUGAGGAGGCCCUUUUGCUUCAGAGAUCUUCAUGCAAAACCUUCUGUCAUUAUGUGAAUGCCAUCAAUACAGCUCCAAGGAACAUUGGAAAGGAUGGCAAAUUCCAAAUUCUGGUUUGCCUGGGGACAAGGGACCACUUGCUCUCUCAGUGGAUCCCAUUGCUGGCAGAGUGCCCACCCAUCACAAGGAUGUAUGAGGAGAACGCUCUCCUACGGGACCGCAUGACUGUCAACUCCCUUAUUCGAGUCCUACAGACAUUGCAAGAUUUCAACAUUAUCCUAGAAGGAUCGCUCAUUAAAGGAGUGGAUGUUUAGCAUGGCUUUGCUGAGAACUUCAUUAUUCCUUUCCCAAGCAAGCAAACCACAAUUGGAGACCUGUCAGGACUUGAAUGCAAUGGUAGUGCACCACUGUAAGGCAAAGCUGCCGGUUGAAGCGGGAGUGGGAAGCCCAGUUUGUGCCCGAUGGGGACUGUCCUCUAAAGCUGCAGAAAGCUAAGAUGCAGUAUUGUAGUUUAUUUGAAACAGAAAUUUAGUAUAAAAUAGAGUAUUUUCAUGUGUUAGAUGUGUGUAAAUAUGCUAUCUUCUUUAAGAAAUUAUAUUACUCUAAGAAAUUUUUCUUAGACUGAAUGUUCUUGUUCUGACUAUGAGUAGCUUAAACCCAGGGGAAGGACUGGGGGGAGGGAAGGACCGGGGUGGGAAGGGAUGCCACUACUUGCUUGCAAGGAAGAAGCCAAUCAAUGUGUAAAUACAGCGCAAACUCAGCAGGGCUUUUUUCAGGUAUUGCAAAUUAAUACAGCAAAUAUCCUUACGUAGCCAUUGUGGUUGUCUCACUCUUGGAAGUGUUGCAAGCAUAUGCUGUUUUACCCUACUGAACAUUGGUCUCUCUUAGUUUUUUGUUUGACUCAACCCUUUCCAUGCACGGAAGUUGUAAGUCAUCAUCUUUGUCUUGUAAGGUCUUUUGUGUCACUUCUGUUGAUCUCCAGAAGGGGAGACAAGUGUUGAAAUGCUUAAACACUGCACAGGAGGACUACUGUUAGCCUCGGAGACUGAGAGUAUAGCCUCGGAGACUGAGAGUAUGAGAGACCUGUUUAAGCAGUUUUGCUGCAGCUUGAGAUGGGGAAUGAUGACUUGCUUGACUCAGUGUGUCCCUUGCCUGUCUAGAUGUUCUGAUGAUUCCCCCUCAACCUCAGCCAGUUUGUGUUGUGGAUGACCUUUUUUUUUUUUUUCUUCUCUCUCCAUGUUGAGGAAUUUGGUUCAUACCAAAUUCUUGCUGUACUUGAGAAGAAUCAUUGCUGUAGAGCCACAAACACCGAUGUUGCUGUGCUACUGAACUGUAUCAGCUGGUUUUGAAAUGCUGACAGGUUAUGAGUCUUCCUUUAUCCCUCAGAAUGAGUGUUCCUAGGAAGUACAGGAUGCUUGAUUACUUUUUUUUUCAAUUGUCCAGCUACAAAAAAAAAAGGAGGAAAAAAAAAGAAUCUCAUUUUAGUAUUUUGAGGCUCCUCUCCUACACUCUUUCCAGUUAAUGUGUUAGUAAUACAGCAUGUAUAUACAGAUGAAGCUCUUGAAGAGGAACUGGGAGCAACUGAAAUCCUGUACGCUAAAAAUCUAACAAGAGAUUACAUGAAAAUCAUCUUGCGGAUACCAUGCAGCAAAUACGGAAUGUAUUUUCCGUUCUUGUGGAUGGGAGUUGGAAGGAUCUGAGGGCAUAGUUAGCUUCAUCUGCUUUUAGGUUUCGGAGGUUAGUUUAAAUAUGAGUGUUUGUUUUUACUUCUUUAUUUCCUAUGAUCUUGGCCAUUUUGUCAGUGGAUUUCUGUGGAUGUCUCACUGUCCGCUGUGGCUUGGGAAAGGCCCCGAGCUGGUACUGUAAGUGUGUUGCCUUGCACUGUGCUCUUAAGUGGCAUUAGGAGGGACUUGGGAAUAGUGGGCAGUAGCAGGUCUCAGUAUAGUGUGCACGUGGUGAAGAAAGGGAUGAGAGCUAAGGAAAAGGAAAGAGGAUGAAAAUUAGGGUUUGCUUUCUCACCUUUUGUCAAGCUUCUCUACUUUCCUGUGGUCCUUCUGCUGUCCAGUUUUUCUAACAGCACUCACUUUAGUGUCAAAGUUUCAUGUCAUAUUCCCAGCCAGAAGAAAACUCUUCGUGUGACUUUCUUUCAUUAGAAGGGAGAGUUUUAUGUUAUAUUUUUCAUUUCUAAGAAAGAAGUAAAAUAACACUGUCAGGGAGUCGUCGACUUUAAUGAGGGUUCCAGCUGUUAAUAACUGUUCUUUCCUCCUGGGCUUGCACUUCCUUAAACUGACUAAACUCACCCCAAAUACUGUAGGCAGCACUGCCAUGUCACUACUGCGGGUGUGGGUAACUAACGUAAAGGCUGUGAAUGGUGUCAUGAGUUAGUAGCCAGAGCCCACGGCUGUGUAACAUCUCUCUUACGUUUCCAGAAAUGGGAAAUUUGGGGUGUUAGGGUUUUCUGUGUGGCCAGGCAAGUCUGCUUAAAGUCAGCAGAAGAUGCAUGACAACCCUUCAGCAGCAACUGAAAAUGCAUCCCUAGUAUUUAAGUCUAUCAAUAAAUUACACAUUCAGCACCAGAAACCAUAUGGCAGCAUUAUUUGGUAAUGACUGCUUAGGAUGUUUUGAUUUCUAUUACAACUCAGGCCUUUUCUGUCUAAUGACUGCUAUACAUGAUUUUUUCACGCCCAACCCAGUCUAAGUGACUUUCAUUUUACUGCAAUAAUAACCUCUUUAGUCCUUGGAUUUCUUCGCAGCAUCGUCUGCAUUUGCUAGCUGGAUACUGCUCAAAAGUACACUGCUGCAUCCUUCUCCAAAGACUAUUUAUGACUUAAGCAGUCGUAACAUUCAUCUGACAUGACACGGGUUAAGUGCAAGCAGGAUAAAGUAGAAAUGUGGGCACCUCUAAAGGUCAAGCGUAGAUGAAUAAACCACACACAGAGAAAAGGGCAAUAACUACAUAAAGUCUUUCUUAAGUUAAAAUAAGUCAAAACCUGAGAAAUUUUAAAAUUCAGAACAGGGCCUUCCCCCAUUUCAAACUACAUUAAGGAAGCUUUAGCACUUAACUUUAACACAACUUCACAUCAGCUUUUUCAGCAAGUGUUGACUUGUUUGGUUUUGUCAGGUUUCACAUCACAUUAAUACUAAUACAAUAAAAAUAAUAUAUGUCUAAUAUUUCCUUGUAGGCAAUAAAGCACCCUAAGUUAUGUUGAAAGGGGCACAGCUGAGUGCCUCAGAUUCCUAGAAGACUAGUUAUUUGACAACCUUGGGAGUAUGGUUCUUUGUAGUGGAUUUUUAUUCUGCCAUGUAUGAUCUUUUUUUUCAGUAGACUACUUUUGUUUAUUGAAAACUGUGAGGUUUUUUCUUUAAGAUUUACAGAAAUCAUUCUACCCACUAGAAUGGUGAGAAACCCAUCAGGAUUCUUCUAAGCUAACACAGUUUUCACUUCAGUGUUAAAGCACCUUCUUUGGUUGCGAAAGGGAAUCUUGGAAAAGACCAAAGCUCUCUGGUAUCUGCUUUUUAAAAAAAAAAAAUUCCUAUCCAAUACCCAUCUGCAGAUGUCUGAGUUUGCAUAAUCGUGUUAUACUAACAUCCAGCAUGGUAACUUGAGGGAGUCAGAGAAUCAAAUGCCUCACUAUGUACAAAAUGUGUAUUUAUAAUUCUCUGAAAUGAAUGAAAUUCUACUGUUUAGUGAAAAAUCUACUCAUGUUUAUUCCAAGUUGGUUUGUGUAAUUAGAUAUCAUUGUUCAAAAAUGUCUUUCUAGAGUAGUUGCGCAAUGGCGUAUUUGAGAAAAUUCCUUCUUUCAAUCAAAUGAAGGUGCGCAUCUUGAGGGGAGAUAUUGUAUGUUACAAUUCAAAUGUACAGAUGUGCCCUGUAUAGCUUAAAAUGAUCCUUAAAUGUCUCCAUUAAGUAUAUUUUGUCUUUACAUUAUUACUAACUGAAUAAGAACUGGAUUAUUUUCAAGAUGACAUUGGUAAAAGUAUUGUUAUAUCAAGCACUUUAACAUACAUACCACAAACUGACAUGGGUUUUUCAGGUUUUGAAGUACAUUGAAAUACAGCUUUUCAUGCUAUGUCCUUUACAAAUAAAACUGUGAGAAUAAUG